CUCAUCAGUCAGCGCCGAAUCUACUGAGGAGAGAAAUUAAUGUUCAGUGAAGGUCCUCCCACAACAAUCACAUAAUCAGUGAAGCCCCUCCCACAAUAAUUCAGUAAUAAAUGCAGGAAUAUUCCCAUCAGUUUACAAGUGAGCAUUAAGACAUCAGGAAGAGCUAAAAUAUGCAAAGAGUGAAUUAUUACAGUGGACAGAGAGAAGAUCAGAGAUCCAGAACCCUGCAGAAUGAAACACACUGAAGAUACUGAAGAACAAACAGAGCUGAUGGAAGAGAACGAGGAGAGUGAAGAACUGAGUGAAGUGGAGGAGGAACAUCAUGACAAACCUGGAGAAAAAUCUUUGAGUCACUCGAAGACUAAACAGACAUUUUUAAACAAAAGAAGAGACAAGAAAUCUACAACCUGCACUCAGUGUGGAAAGUGUUUCACAACCAAACAAAGUCUUAAGCGUCACUUGAGAGUUCACACUGGAGAGAAGCCAUUCACGUGUGAUCAGUGUGGGAAGAGCUUCCCAUACAAACAAACUCUUGAGAUUCAUGAGAGAGUUCAUAGUGGAGAGAAGCCACAUGCAUGCCAUCUAUGUGGGAAGAGUUUUAUGCAAUUAUCACACCUUAGAAAACACAUGAGAGUUCACACUGGAGAGAAGCCGUAUGCAUGUGAUCAAUGUGAGAAGAGGUUUCCAUGCAAAGAAAGUCUUAAAAUUCACUUACGAGUUCACACUGGAGAGAAGCCAUUCUCUUGUGAUCAGUGCAGGAAGAGUUUCUCAAAGAAACAAAGUCUAGAGAUUCACAUGAGAGUUCACACUGGAGAAAGACCGUUCACCUGCACUCAGUGUGGAAGGAGUUUCACAUACCAAGAAAAUCUUAAAGUUCACAUGAGAAUCCACACUGGAGAAAGACCAUUUACAUGCAAUCAAUGUGGGAAGACUUUCUUACAAUUAGCAAGCCUGAAAGAGCACAUGAACAUCCACACUGGAGAGAAGCUGUACACAUGUGAUCAAUGUGGAAGAACAUUUCUUUGGGCAUCAGCCCUGAAAACACACCAGACAGUUCAUACGAAGGAGAAGCCGCAUUUGUGUUCUGUGUGUGGAAAGAGUUUUUCACUGCUGCCAUAUUUACAUAGACAUCAGAAAAUUCAUGCUGCUGUAAAAGAUCAUGUGUGCUCUGAGUGUGGGAAGACUUUUACUGCAGUGAGCAGUUUAAAUCGGCACCAGAUUAUUCACUCUGGAGAAAAACCUUACAAGUGUUCACACUGUGACAAGAGAUUCAGUCAGUCAGCAACUAUGAAAAAACAUGAGAGGAUCCACAGCAGAGAGAUGCUGCAGUAAUUAAUUUAUCCUUAUGUUCUGAGUAACAAAGUGAGUUCUUAACAGCCACAAUGAGUGACAGGACAGAUUGUUGGUUGCUUUGAAUCUGCUUGGAAAUUUUCUCA